AUGACAGUAUACCCCCAAUACGCCGCCUCCCUCUUCGCCGGCAACGACUUCGCACGUUCAACCCUCGCUUUCGCCGCCGUCCUCUUUUCGCGACCAAUGUACAUCAACAUGGGCAUAGGACGUGGGACGAGUCUUCUAGGCGGCCUAACAGCAGGCUGUAUUGCUGGCGUGUUUGCGUUGUACUUCUUUGGACCGAGGUUGAGGGCGAGGAGUAGGUUUUCCGCGAAAUAG